AUGCCGCCUAUUAAUCCACAAGGCAAGACAGCGGUCAUUACUGGCGCUGGCUCGGGAAUCGGUCUUGGUUUUGCAAAGGCAUUGUAUGAAAAUGGCUGCUCUAUCCUCAUAGCUGACCUCGCCCUCCACGCCUCGGCCAAAGAAUGGCUCCAAAGUAUCUCGAGUCGCUCCUCUCCCAAGGUACUAUUUCGCAAGACCGACGUCACAGAUUGGGCACAAAUCGAAUCAGCAUUCGAUGCUUUCGAGAAGGAAUUUAAUGGAGCCCCCGACAUCAUUGUCCCCGGUGCAGGAGUCUACGAGCCCUCGUCGAACAGUUUCUGGGCCGAUCUAGACAGUGCGUCGUACAAAGUCUUCGAUGUGAAUGUCAAUCACCCAAUCAAGAUGACUAGAAUCGCUAUUCGGAGACUGCGUCGCGCUCAAAAGCCUGGUGUGGUCAUUCCUAUCUCCAGUAUUGUGGCCCAAAUUCCUAGCGCCGUCAACCCUCUCUACUCGGUUUCGAAGGCAGCUCUUAGCCAGUUUGUGAGAUGUAUGGCACCAUUGGAUGGUCUCGCAGGUAUUCGAGUUGUGGCCGUUGCACCUGGAGUUGUGGAUACCCCCUUGUUCCGCGAUAGUCCCAAGGCUCAAGCGCACAUUGAUCUGGAAAAUGAUUUCACUCUUCCACCGGAUGAGAUUGUCAAGGCCAUGAUGUCACUUGUGACAACCUCGACGUAUCCGUCUGGAACUGUACUUGAAGUUGGUGAUAUUGGUGGCUGGCGUGAGGUGGGUCUUUUGAAUGAUCCGGGUCCACAGGGACGAUCAACCUUGCCGAGGGCGAAGGCCAAGUUUGCCAUCAAGGAUGUUGAAAAGGCAUUAGCGGAUGACGCAAAAUCUGAUUCUAAAUCACGCCUCUGA